CUGCGGGGAAGGGCGGGGCCUGCGGGUGUCACGGACCCCGCUGAAAGAGCUGCCCUUCGCGGGGAAGAACCGGCCGGGGAAGGUUCCAGUUAAGUAGCUGAAGAAAUCUGGAAUUAUGGAUCAUGCCAGGAAAGCAAUAUUUAACAUGUUCGGAGCGGAGCCCCUCUCCUAUACUCGCUUCAGUUUGGCCCGGCAGCCGGACGGGGACAGCAGCCGUGUGGAAAUGAAACUCUCGGCCGAGGAAGAGGAGGCGGGGGAGAACGGCAUGAUCGACCAUCUGCCCCCCAGGAAAGCCAAAUCCAGAAGGCAUCGGCACCUGUGCUGCGUGUGUGGCGGGGUGGCCCUCCUGUUUCUAAUAGGAUUUUUGUUUGGCUACAUAAGUUUCCGUGCCCGGAUGCCACCAGUGCCAGAGUGUAGCAAUGGCGCAGCAUCACCGAAAGUCUUCACUCCAUCUGAAUACUCCGAAGCCAACAAUCCCGCGUCCGAUCCAGUGCUCUAUUGGGGAGACCUGAAGAAAUUACUGGCCGAUCGGCUAGGCAAGGCCAACUUCCAAGAGACAAUCUGGAAUGUGUCCUCCAAAAAUCACGAAGCCGGCAGUGUACGGGACGAGGUUCUGGCCUAUGACAUCCACAAGCGGUUUGUGUCUUACAACUUGGAUAAAGUCUGGGAUGAUGAGCAUUAUGUCCGUCUCCAAACCAGGUCUUCAAAUGUAGUUUCUUUGGAAAAUACUGGAAACACAAUUCUGGAGAGUCCCAGUGUUUUCGUAGCCUACGGUGAAAACGGCCAGGUUUCGGUAAGUCUAUCCUAGAGCUUCAGUGGCUUUAUUCUUCCCAACCGGACAC